AUGGAUAUUUUUUUGACCUUUGGAGCACCAUGUAUCUUGCACUCAGAUAAUGGUAGAGAGUUUGUUAACUCAGUUAUAAAAGAAUUAACAUCAUAUUGGCCGGAACUAAAACUAGUAACUGGGAAACCACGUCAUAGCCAAAGUCAAGGUUCCGUGGAAAGUGCUAAUCAAGAUGUUGAAAAUAUGCUAGCUUCUUGGAUGGAAGACAAUAAACCCACUAAUUGGUCGAAUGGACUUAAAUUUGUUCAAUUCAUGAAGAACAGAGCAUUUCAGUCAGGGAUAAAACAGUCUCCGUAUCAAGCAAUGUUUGGAACGGAACCUAAAGUGGGGCUAACAGCAUCUAAUCUACCUUUGGAAAUUAUAAGUGGAUUACAUAGUGAAGAAAACUUGAAAGUUGCAAUCCCAGAAAUGAAUCAAAACUUCGAUGAUAAUGAAGAGAACCAAGACAAACAAGAAAAAAUUGAAACAAAAAGAAACAGAAACGAAUCAAUGAUACUGGAAGCAAGAGAAAAAGCUCAUUUGAAUUUAGUAAAACAAGCAAAGAUAAUGAAGCUAGCAAGCGAUCAAUCUCAUCCACCACUGAAAGUUGGAGACAAUAUGACCAUACCAAUCCCAGAUGUAGACAUGGUUUGCGACCAACGUGCGAGCUUCACGCGCAUUCUUUUUGCGCACCUGCAAACUGUGGAAUGA